AUGUCUGUGGGGCAGCGAAAAACGAGUUUGAUUAAAAGGGAGACGCCUAUGCGGGUUUUUUUAUAUAUGCAACCAAAAGUGAUAAAAUAUCCAAGGGAAGAUAAUGUAUUGGUUAAUAUAGUAAUGGAACAUCCACUGCGUCCUAUUACUCGACUAUCUGAUAAACGCAAACCAGAGAAUGUUAUUAAUGUGAAUACAUUUGAUGAAGAAAAACCAACCUUUAGCAUAACUCUGGAUCAGGAUGCAUACGAUGAUAUUGAAGCAUGCAUCGAUUCACCUUUAACCUUAACUCUCUAUGAACAACUAAUAAAAGAUGAUGUCUCCGAAAUAAGUCAUGAGAGUCGUUCUUCUCAGAAACUUCAAGGAAAACCAAAAGCUCAAGGAUACCUGGAUUUGAUUCAUUAUUUCACUAAGAAACGUGUUAUGCUUAAUGUUAACGUUUUAUUAUAUCCCUUAGAUCAAUCGGAUGAUAAAAUUACUUGUAAAAUGGUAUGGGAUAUAUAUUCGUUAAUGCCGCUCCUUAAAUGGGUAAAUCUUUCCAAUGUUCUGUUCCUUACCUUCACGUCAAUAUACAAUAUUGACGGUACUUUCUUAAACGAUUAUCAAAAGUUAUGCUCGGCACUUUCGUUACGAAUAAAUUCUUCUAACAAGAAAGAUCGUAAUGACAAAAUAUUCAUAUGUAAAUAUACUGGAUUCAGUAAAGAGAUAAUUAUCGAACAAACCAAGUUUUACAAAUGGGAAAACAUGAAGGAUCCUGAGCGUAAUAAUGGCAAUAGUUUGGCCAUUUUCUCAGAAAACUUCAAUAUUCACAAAAUAUUCCAUAACGUUUUUUGCAGCGAAAAUUUUAAUUUCAAUUUUUGGAGCAUCGAUACAAAUAAUGACUAUGCCCUCGUUUGCAACUCAUUACAUCGUUUCAUUUUAACGGACAAAAUGCAUAUUUCUUUAGAGCAAUAUUUGGCCAACGGUCCAAGUGAAAUUAUCGUAGAUGUCUUCGAUGAAUCUGAACCGGAUAAGAUUCUCUUGCAAGGUGUAAUCGAUUUGUCAAUAUUUAUGUAUCCCAAUGUCACUGCGUGCUCAUUUGUCGUUGAUCUACAACCUCCAAAUUCAUUGAGACGUAGUUCAGUGCCAUCAUCUCCAAUCAGUCCAGGAAGAAAGCGCUCUCAAAGCUCUCCAAGUCCGAAACAUAAACAAAGCGAGAAAGAUAUAGUGAAACCGAUAUUUGCCAUUAUAAAAAUAUGCGUGCAAGCACCAAUUACCAAUGCACCGAUGGGUGAAUUUGCAAUUUUUGAUACUAAUUCAAUAAACGUUAACAUGACACGAGAUAUAUACAAAAGUUGCGGUUCCGUUAAAAAAGGAGAUCCGAGCACUCCUUCAAAGGAGACGCUAUGUGUGCAAAGUUAUCAACUAUUCGAUGACAACAUUCUGCAAUUAAAAAAAAAUAUCGCCGAAGGCAAAUUGACUCAAGGAGAUGCGAAAGAAAAGUGUUGUGAAACUCGCGAUAUGUGUGAUCGAAUUUUGCCAUUAAUAGCAUGCGAUUUUAAUGUACGUUACCCAACAAAUACUAAUACAGAAUUUAUGGAUUUAAUGACAACCGUCUAUCGCGAACUAGUAGACCGUUCUUACCAGCUAAUCAACGCCAACUGGGGCGACUCAUUACUAAACUCACCUAUAAUCGCUUCCAAUGUACAAAAUAUCCUUGCAGAUCAAAUAAGUCUUGCAAAAUAUAUGCGGGCGAUCGGUAAUUGGGAUAUGUACCAAUGUCUACUGCGGAGAUUGAAAGACCAGUUUAGUAAUUCGUCAAUGCUUCGUUUUUACAUGUUCAUUUAUAAUCUUGAACUGGAAGAAUAUAAAUCGGCUAGAGAUUAUAUACAGAAACCCUUAAACGAGCAAGGUCAAGAAGGUCAAUUAUUUAUCAAUGUUUGUAGAAUUUAUCUCGAUUAUAUAAAGGACAAAAAGGAUCCAGAGAUUGAAGAUAAAUGCGAAACGGAUUUGUUAAUUGCACUGAGAAAUUUGUGUGAAAUAGAGCAGCCCGAACUGGCAGUAGGUUGGAUGCUUUUGUAUUGCUUAUAUAAAAGAUACAAUUAUCAACCGGGCAUUAGUUAUUCGCGCUGGCAGUAUGAGAAUCUCAUCAGAGAAGGAUUGUUUACUGAGAUCGAGUACUUACCAAGAAGUCUUUGGGAAGUUUUCAAUGAUUUUAAACCAUUUGUAAACACAGUGAAAGCAAAAAAUCUUUGGAAAGGAAUCAAUCUUCUGUUAAGAUUAGGUUUAUACAAUUUUGCUCAAUUGAUAUAUUACGAAGUUAUUGAUGAUUUGACGGCAGUUGAAAGAUACAUUCUAAAUGCAAAUUUCAAAUUGAUUACAAAGGAGUUGGAGUACUUUGCCAUCGUUAAUAAGUUUCCGGUGGAUAAACUUCCAAACUCAGCUGAGUUGAAUGCAUUCGUUAAUUUAGCCAACGGAAAUAUAGAAUAUGUUCGUAAUCCAUACGAUUCGUCUUGGAUUCAAUAUUACGCAUCUAUUCUGGCUAUCGAAGGUUUCGAAGAUACUUUUCCUUUUCAAUUAGGAAUAUUACGCUAUGCUUUUAAGAUGCUGGCAGAGAAGGAAUUUGAAAUGGCGAUAACUGCACUUGAUUAUGCAAGCGAUAGCUAUGGCCAUGGAUUAGUUAAAUCUGUAGUCAAAGCUAAGGCUUUAUAUUAUCUGGGACGCUUAAAAGAGGCUGAACUUCACUUAGCUGACGGCACUAAUUAUAAUUUGUUUUUGCCGAAUGUUUGGGCCGGCUUAGCUCUUAUCAAUUUGAGAUUGGGUGAAAAUUAUAAAGCUUUGGAGUGUUGGAAAUACGCCAGAUCCGAUCCUAGGUUUCUUAUUGAUGAGGAGAUCUUGGCCGAGUUGAGUAAAGUUGAUCCCGACAAUAUAAACUUGUAUGUGGAUACACCAACCUUAAAAUAA